AGAGAGAGAGAGAGAGAGAGAGAGAGAGAGAGAGGCCAGCAUGAGCCACAGAGACAGACAAGGAAGAACAAGAGAGCAGCUGUAGGGAAGAUCUAAGCCUCCAGAACCAAGAUCAGAUCCAGGACGCAGAGGCUCCACGACAACCAGAACCAAAAUCAGGACCACAGACCGGGAGCAGCCGAGUCCACCAUGUCAGAGUCCAUCAGAAGAAAAAACUCCAGCAGACAGCUCCUGCAGAACCUCAUCAGGGUGACGGCCCAGCGGAGCCAGGAGGAUGCUGAGGAGGUAGAGCGGGAGCGAAGGAGGAGAAGCAGGGAGAAGGAGAGAGGGGAGGGGAGCUCUUCUUGGACAGAGCCCCCCCAACACAACAACCUUGCGCACAACACAGAGUUGGACGAGGAGCUGAAGCCGAGCUGCUGCCUGGUUCUGGAGGAGGACGAGGGCUUCAGCGACUGGAGUCACAGGCUGGAGAACCGUAAUGAGCAGGAGGUGCCAGAUGACUGUAGGGCCCGGGUGCAGAGACCUUCAACACCACAGUGGAAACCGGAUCCUGAAGAGAGGAAAAAGCAGGUGGAUGAGGAGGAGGAGGGAUUUGACCCUGAACGAAGUGUUCGGUCCCAGGAAGCUACUACAAGACCUCCAGAGAAGAUGUCCAGCAACAGAAAGGAGGUCAGGACGUCAUACAGCUCAACGGUCUUCUUACCACAGGACGCCAGGCUGCAGCACGCCAUGGGCCAACCAGCAGACCGGACAUCCUACCUGGUUGCCGGGACGAUGAAGCCACGUAACCAACUAAAUCAUCUCGUCAGCAGAGGAGGGGCCUGCAGGGUGGACGGGGAGGUGGAGCAGGAGGAGCAGAAGGAAGAGGCGGAGGUGCAGACUGCUCUGCAGGCAGAAUGGAGGUCAGCAGAAACCCAGCAGAGCCCCAGAGAUGAAGAUGAUCAGGAGGAAGAAGAACUGAGCUUCACACAUGAAGAGAAAGAAGAACUCCACCUCAGGAAGGAGGAGAGACACAGGGAGGAGGAGGAAAAGGAGGAAGAGCACAAAAUGUUAGACAAGAGGCCGAUGGAGGAUAGAAGGAGUGAGGAAGUGAACAGGAAUUCUGCAGCGUCUAUUUGCAGCAGCAGCGAAGGCGAGGAGUCGCUAAACUGCUAUGGUCCCAUGAGCCCGACAUUCAAGAAACUCCUCAUUCAGUUUUAUCCAGAUGAAGCGAACAGCAGAAUCUCAACAGACGGUAAAUGCAAGAUCAUAGAGAGAACUGAGUCUCUGAGGAAAAGCACCAGCAAUGUAAAAAAGACGCAGCCACCAGUUGCCGUUUCCAAGAUUGACAAGAGACUGGAGCAGUAUACACAUGCUCUUGAGGUCUCCUCAAAGGAAGGCAGAUCAGGCAAUCAGGUGCUGACGGACCUGACGAGUCCCACUGAACCCGUCUCCUCCAAGAAGAACCUGUUUGAGGCCGGAGAAGCCUGGAACCAAAACGUGGUCUCAGUCACACCAUCUAAGGAUGCAGACGGGUUAAAAGUUGGUGUGGCUGAUCUCAUUAAUCAGUGGGUGAAAGGAAGUGAAAAUGGAAGCCGGUGCAGCUCGCCUUUCAAAUCAGCAGAGAGCUCCAGUGGUAAAAGACAUAGGUUUGUGGUGACGGGUCACGGCAAGUAUGAGAAGGUUUCUGUUGACAGUGGCUGCAGUGAAGAUACAAACUGCCAGUCAGCUGGGCAGUUCUACGAAGAUUUGUGAAACACAUGCUGGACUUAUGGAUUAUGAAGAAAAAUCUUUGAUACUGCACAAAUUAUAGCCACUUUCACUUCAUCAUUCUCUGUAUUUUAAGCUUUAGGUUGGAAAUGUAAAUGUUUAAACAAUUCCCUGUGAAAGGUAGUGAAGCUAAUAGUCUUUUUUUCUGUUCAUACUGAAUAAUAAUCUCAAGAUAGACAGUACAUAAACAGUAGUACAUCUUUUCAUACAAUGAAAAUAACUUCAAUUAAACUGAUUUCUGAUGUUUGUUUCCUUAAUACUUGAUAAAAACCUUGUGUCUUUG